ACACUCGUUUAUUAACUUCGCAAGUAAAUACUUGUGUGCUAGCGAUCUAAUUAAUGUGAAAUUAAAUUCGAUUUUCGAAUUAAUUAUGUGGUGGAUAGUUCAUUUAAAAGUACUAAGGUGUCUAAGUUGAUAAUGGAAAGACGCCAAAAAAAAAAAAGACCAUGUGGAACUAAACAAAUUCCAGUUUUUGUUGCUUUAAUUGUUUUAACUGGGACAAGCUCUCUUUACUUCGUUUUUAUAUUGCCAUAUUUGAUAAAAACAUACCAUUUUAUGAUUGCUAUUAUGAAUGGCGUUAUCACUUUUAUGGUUUAUUUAAUGUUUGCAAGAGCAACUUUUACGGAUCCUGGUGCAUUUCCAAAAGCACCUGAAAGUGAAGAUGAUGAAAAUGACCUACGUCAACCAUUAUAUAGAAACACUGAAAUCAAAGGAAUAACAGUAAAGAUGAAAUGGUGUGAGACCUGUCGUUUUUAUAGGCCACCACGAUGCUCACAUUGUAGUGUUUGCAACAACUGUGUUGAGGUAUUUGACCAUCAUUGUCCUUGGGUUGACAAUUGCAUUGGGAAGAACAACUAUCGCUACUUCUUUUUUUUUGUUUUUCUGCUUACAUUGCACAUUGUCAGUGUAAUUGUGUUAACUGGAUUAUUUUUUUAUCAAAAUCGUGGUAAGAACUUAAAAGAAAAUAUUAUUCCUAUUAUUAUUUUAGUUAUAGGCUCCUUAGCAGCUUUUCCAGUAAUGGGUCUUACAGGAUUUCAUAUUGGAUUAGUGAGCUUGGGCAGAACAACUAAUGAACAGGUCACUGGAAAGUUUGGCAGUGGUCAUAAUCCUUUUGAUCUAGGAUGUUGGGUAAAUUGUUGUCUUGUACUGUUUGGCCCUCUACCCCCUAAAUACAGAGGUUAUAAAGCACCAAAAAGGAGAAAACCUAAAAAGCAACUGACAACUCAGCCUAUCCAGUUACCUAACAAUCAGUUGCCUAAAAAUGAACCAUUACAUACACAGCAUAUUCAAAUUGAAUUGGAACCUGUAUUGGAACCUAUGCCACGAUCAAUAGUGAAAGGUGGUGGUUGGACUGGAAUUCAGACGAGUAAUGUUCCCUCAAAAAUUAACGAUAGAGUCUUAGCGACGUAUGAGGUAUCUGUAUGAUAAUGGAUUUCAUCAACAUAACAAAAAAAAAUUGAAAAAUAAUUAAAACGAAAUCUUUAAAAACUAUAAUAGCUUCACGUUCAAAAGAAGUUAUAAUAAUAUCAAUAUAUAUAUAUAUAUAUAUAAAAAUAUUAAUAGUUAAAUUAAUUUACAUUAAUAUCAAUAUAUACUUCUUUCAUCAACAAAAGCCUUUAAUUAUAUGGUAAUUUUUUAC